GCCCCGCCCGCCGCAGAGCGGGCAGCUGCGUCCCGACGGUGCGCGGCGGCCGGACCGGGCUGGCGGGCGGGCGGAGCCGGGCCCGCGGGGCUGCUCGGGGGCGACCGGGCCGGGCUGCGGGCCGCGCCAUGGACUCUCGCGUCCUACCCGAGUUCCAGCCUCACUGAGCCAGCCGUCCCCAAGCGCUUCCUGCCGAGGAAGCCCCCCAGCACUGACCAUGUCUAUUAUGGACCACAGCCCCACCACGGGCGUGGUCACGGUCAUUGUCAUCCUCAUUGCCAUCGCUGCCCUGGGGGCCUUGAUCCUGGGCUGCUGGUGCUACCUGCGGCUGCAGCGCAUCAGCCAGUCGGAGGACGAGGAGAGCAUCGUGGGGGAUGGCGAGACCAAGGAGCCCUUCCUGCUGGUGCAGUACUCGGCCAGGGGACCGUGCGUGGAAAGGAAGGCCAAGCUGAUGACUCCCAACGGCCCGGAAGUCCACGGCUGACCCAGGAUGCGCGGCUCCGGGUCCCGUUUGCAGCCAGCUGGGAGGCGCAAGGCCGCACAGACACGCUGCUGUCUGGGAGGAGGGGUUGACACUUGCUGGCAUGGCCUCAGCGGGCUUCGUCACCGCAUGCACUGACUCCCGGGGGCCCAGCUGCCCUGGGCUUCCCCCCGGCCUCCUGGUGGGGCUGCCCAUUGCGGGCAGUGGGCAGGCCCGACCUUGCCGGGGCUCGCGGCCCUGUAGCGCUUUCGUUACUUGAAUGUUUAGCUGAGCCUGUUUUUGACGGAGCUACUACUGUAACGCGUGAACUAACAAACCUGUGAACUGUAAAUAGGCCCCCAGAAGCACGUGCUUAAGCCCUUCUGCUGAUUUUUAAAAACAUCAUCUAGAGCACACGGGACUGGGUUGAUUGCAGCUGUACUAGUGAUGAGCUGCGGCGAGGCCGCGGAGGGUCCCAGACUUGUAAGGCCCGGGCUGCGCUCGGCGGGGGUCUCUCAUGUGUAUCUGUGUGUGUAUGUGAAGGGGGUGAGAUGUCAGUUUGGGGUCUUGUGGCUGACCAGUUGGGGUGCUUGGGUGAUUUCCGCUUGGUUAGUAAUGGAUGGAACCACCACAGCCCUUCGUUUUUCUCCAGGUAGACUCAGUCGUUAGUAGCAGUUCCUGUUGAUAGUAGAGUUACUGCAAGGAAGCUACCGUCCCUGCCUGGGAGCCAGUGAAGGACGAGUCCGGGCACGCGUCCCGAGGGCUGCCAGGUGUCCUCGUAGCAGAGCGGUUUCCUGCCCCUGGGUCUGAAGCGUGCUGAGCACCCCCCCUUGGCGCGGGCUUUGCUGUACUCGCCCUGAUCCUCGGAAACACCCCAGCCCACGGUGGCUGCUUUCAGUCUGAAACCCAGUUUGCCCAAGAAAGAGAAAAAUUGUUUUUUGUUUUGUUUCUGGGUUUAAUAUUUUCUGCACUGGAGGGGGAGGAGGAAGGGACGUUGAGGUUUUUUGGGUUCCCCCCUUCCCUUUUCACAAGUUGGCUUCCUUUCCUCUCUGAUGACCACCCACCUGGUGGGUGUUGGAUUUCACUUUCCUCUGCGGGUCUGGAGAUUGUGUCUCGAGUCCCCUGACCCGGCUCUAAGGGCACCGCGUGCCAGUGGAAGGCCAUUUCUCGUGUGCACGUUCACACGGGAGCCCCCAGACCGCUCCCUGCCAGCCCGUGCCUAGUGCAGGGGCCGGGGGUGGAGCUCCAGUUCAGGACUAGGUUCUUGAACAGAUGACGAGUUGGCGGCUCUCAUUCAAGCCAGGGCCUCAGCAGCCUGCAUCUCCAAGGUGUCAUUUCAGUGAACUUGCUUAGAUUUUUAAUCUCACCACUGUAAGCACACUCUAAACUAUUAUGAUUAAAACGUGAUUUGUGUUGGCAUCCUCGGUGAUAAACCAGAGGCCAGUCCCGGCUCUAACCAUGGAGUGCAGGCCCUUAGCACUUGAGCUUAGAGCACUCCUCUGGCCUCAUCCAAGCCGCCUCUAAAAAGCAUGUUGAACUAAUCCCCUUUCUAGAACCCUAAGGGGGAGCCGUAGCAAACACCUCUUUUUAGCAGCAUACACCUAAACUGGGGUCAAACAUAAGUAAUGGCUGGGGAGAGGGAUAGCUCACUGGGCCAUUAGGGCUGAGGGCAGUGACGACACAGCAGGUGGGCUCUUGAGAAACCCUUAGGAAGCAGGAGAGGAAACACCUUUGGCCACUAACGGGUUGACCAAGCUUGGGAAGAGGUGGCCAUGGGACAGGUGCGAUGUCAGCAGAGGCCCUGCAGGUGGAGUGGGCAGGACACGUGGCGGGAUGGGGAGGGGCGAUCCAGCCACUGAAGCCGGGCCUAGGAGGGAGAACAAGUUCCAAAGGUGCCAACUGGAAGAUCAGGGAGGAGGUUUGCUCUGGUGAGUUAGCAAAGGCCGGCGUGUUUGACCCGUCCCCUCGCAUUUCAGAACCAGGCUUUCUACCUCUACUCUCACCGAAGCCAGCAGCAUAAACCUAGGCUGUUUUUCCUUCAGCUCCACACCUGAGUAACCCGGGAGCAGCUGGGAUUUGCAUUUUCAGCCCCUGAGCCUGACCCCUGUGGCACUGACCAAUGCUUGAUUGUCAGCACUCACCUGUGGUUCUUAACGUGCCAGUGAAGUUUUGGUUUUGAAAUGAUUAAACACUGCUUUCUCUUCACUUUCACUUGAGGUUUUCUUAUCCCACUCCUGGUUGCCAGGGGCAUCCCUGGAGCUUGACUCGGGCCCAGCAGAGCGUGGUGGGUGAGGGCGAGUGGCUGGGUGGGCGGUGGUGGUGGGGUCUUUGGGAGGAAUAUGGAAACGCCCGUAGAACUAGUGAACAGCCACAUAAUCUCUCUGGCUGUUCUUAUUUAUCAGUAGCUACUUUUUUUAGUGUAGACACCAGAGCCACACACUCAAUGGCUUAGUAAGUUAUGACCUCCCUCUGAAUUCUUUCUGAAUAGCCCAACUGUUGCGUUCAAGUUUUCUGACUCAUCAAGACAUUAGGCUUUCACUCUUCAUAUCAUCGCAGAAGCAACAGUAGGGGAAUGAGGAGGGAACUCUGGACACUGAGCCGCUAAAACAUGGACUAAUUUCUCAGACAAAUCCUCAAACGGACCGUGCUGUUUCUGUCUCAAAGCUACCAAGUUUGUGCAAUAAGUGGAAGGGAUGUCAUCCCUCUUCAACAAAUGCUGAAUGACAUUCAAGCUGAUUUUCUAGACCACUGAGAAAAUCUUUAUUUACAAUAAAUUUCAAUAAAAUUUGCAUAAAUAUAUUCCCAAUGUA